AUGAAGCUCACCAUUCUCGUGGGCGCCUUAUCCGCCGUCUAUAGCCGUCUCAACCGCCCCUUCAAGGAGGUCCAGGUUGCCGCAACGCCCACGGCGAACAUCCCAUCCGGCACCUACCAGAUCGCGUGUGUCGAGUGUCCUUGCGAUGGCUUCGAUGGCCCCUGUCACUGCGUUUCGGAUGGGUGCUGCUGCAAUGGCGGUCCCAUUCAGCCUCCUGCGACUGGUUGGAGGAACGCGGAUGACAUUUAG